GGAGGUGGGUCUGAGAAAGGAGAAUACAAUAAUGACUGGGAGGGAGAUGGUAGACCAGGGACUUCUCUUCACCCUUUCUUGUAAUGCUAGAAUAAGGGGAUAUUCGAGAACAUAGAAAGGCAAUACAUUUGAAUCUGAUAAAAGGAAACCCUUUACACACAGCAUAAUUAGUGUGUGAAACCCACAGGCACAAGAGAUGAUUGAGACACAGGGCUACUGGGUUCAGAAAAGGAUUAGACGUGUGUCUAGUUAAGGAUACCCUCUGCUUAUGUUGGGGAGCACCAAGAGAUCUUUUAGAAAGGAUGUAAAGCUCCAUGCUUCAGGCAAUAAACUAACCCCUAGCUGACCGGAACAGAAAGAAACUUCCCCUGGGGGCAGGUUAUUCCAUAAUUACCUACUAAGGAGCUUCUUAGAACUUCUUCUGAAGCAGCUAGAGCUGGUCAGUGCCAGAUCCAGGAUCCUAGGCUAGAUCUGGCCUGACAAUCCCUGUAUUCCUAGCUCUGCUCUGUCUCUGCCAACCAUUUCCUUCCCCAGCCUGGCACUCUCCCCCUUUCCUGUCCUGCUCACUACUUGCCCAUUCUUCCUCUUUCUCCAUGUCUGCUCUCCAUCCCUGUCCCAUCUCCUAGCUUUUGCUUUCUCUCCAUGUCUGCUCUGCCCCUCCCAAUCCCACACUGCCCCUCAUACCACCCCUUCUAUACAGAUCUAGACAGUGCUUGUGUUUCUUAUGUGAAAGGCUCUUACACACAUUUCCUGCAUUUUAGAUUAAAUCAGAACUUUGAUAAGACUCAGCUUGUUUCUUCCACGGCUUCGUCAGACAGACCUAGUGAUGGCACUUCCCCGCACCCUGUGACAGUGAAUGGGCCUGACUCUGCCUAUCGCUUGCCCAGCCGUAGCAUCGCUGUGUGUUUCAGCCCUCCGUGUUUUUCCAUGUGCUGUUCUGCUGCUCCCACCAAUGCCUCCGCUGUUGCUGUCUCUGAGAGCAGCCCCACGCAUGCCCCCAACAGGACAGACCAGAUCCACACCUCCCUCCUGCCAGGGAUGAGUAUCAAAGCCAAAUCAAGGGGUGUGACGGGGAAGGUGACCUCUCACGCCAAGUGGCCAAAGACCCCGGAGCGGUCGCAGGGCUUUGGCAGCCCCAACGCCAGCCCCUCCUCCCCCUUCACCCACAUUCAGAGCAAAUCCAAAUACAUCUCCAGCCUCUCGUUGUCACGAAACAGCUUCCCGCUGGGGCAGACCCGGCAGCAGCGCAGCAUCGCCCAGCCUGCCAGCCAGCAGCCCAGCAUCACGGGCACUGGGCAAGACGGGCCGGACGCUUCGCUCCGCUCCAUCCGGAUUGUGGAGAAUGACAUGGCCAUCACUCCCCACUACUGUGCAGCCAGGGAUGCAUGCAGGAGAGGAAACAUCACCUACCGCAUCCCCAUCAGCCCGUCCACAGCAGUGAACACCAACCUGACCUUGGAGAUGAAUGCCUCCUCUGCUGUGUCCAUCUACCUUUGUGGCCUCCAGUCCAGUGACCCAUGUCAGAACACAAUGAGCGUGGACAGCUCCACCAACACCACAGACACCCAGGAAAUGACACAGCGUUGGCCCAUGGUGAUGCUGUCUUUCCGGGAGUUCACCUACCACUUCCGAGUAGCCCAGCCUGGCAAAGCCAACUGUAGUACCACCCCGGAGCACAUGGGACACCUCUUCACUGACUAUUAUUUCCAGUUUUACUGGCUCUGUGAGUGAGUCCCAGCAGCAUCAGUGCCCUUUGCUGGGAGAGAGGAAGGGGACUGGUGAAACCUAUCAGAUUGCCACAUGCCUUCCUCUGUAAACCUCCAAGUCCCCUUCUGCUCCCACCUUCCCCUUGGGGCUCUGAGCUACUUUGGUUCUAUCCUGGGGACGAUAUAGACACUGAAGUGCUCCAAAAGGAAUAUAGGAACUCUGCCAGGAGCAACACAACCAGCCCCAGGGAUCUACUGGACAUGCCAACCAAACACCAUAGCCCACAAUCCUGGGCAACUGUGUCCAUCUCCUUCCCUUCUGGAGACACUGGCACCCGUCUCCCUCCCUCUGCUACACUGGAUUUGAAAGUGUUACACUGGAUCACGUGUGGACAGGCUUGUCCCAAGCUCUAGAGCUGGGACUGUGGUCUGGCUGGGAACGACAGCCCGAGAGGCCUAUCGGUUCCUGUAGCAACGCAGCAGCUCUCUGCAACACUGGAAUUUAUCUUCCAAGACUGGAGCUCUUGUCAAUACUGAAACACUGGAAUUCAUCCUGAAAAGAGGGCUCUGCCUGGACAUACUGGAAGUCAUACACUGGAGUUGCUGUUCCUUCUGGUCAGCCACUGGCUAUUCUCCUGCAUCCCUACUCCAUAGGAUUCCUGGUGACAUUGCGAUGCUCCACAUGGACAGCCAGAGAGAAACCCUGCCAAGGAGGGGGCUGCAGAGGCAACAGGGUUCUCCUUGGUCCCUUUCCUCCCUGCCCUGUUUCCCACACUCCAUGCAGACCAGACCUGAACAGAUGAAUUUAAGAACCCCACAAAACCCCUAGUCAGCCUGUGCCAGCCAGUUGGCAAGGGCUUGCCCUUGAUUUCCCCCCCACCCAGGAAGUGGGGAGAAGAGGCACCUUGGGAGCAGAGUCACCCCCCGCCCAAAUACAUCUAUCUAAGGGGUCAGUUUGCAGGUGUUUGUUGCGGUACCCCAUAUUUCUGUGGUUGGGGUGGGGACUGUUCCUGUUACUCUAGAGUAGCUAGAGCUGGCUGGUCCCAGGGCAAGCCCCACAGAAUAGCCCUGAAGCCCAGGUUCACCCUGCCUGCCUGUGCUCAGGGGUGCCAAAGGGAGGCCACCAGCACAGACUGCUCUGCACAAUGGGAGUGGGGCUGCUGGAGACUCAGGUGACUGGUUUCACUGCACCUACUGGUGAAUACAGCUCUGUUCCCAAUAGGUCUCUGCCAGGAAAGGUGGCCCCCUACCGAUUUCCCCUAGGAGGGGAGGGGGCAGGUCACUCAAGGCCUGGCUCCCAUUGCCCCCUGGGUAAGCUGGUGAGUGUAUUAUGGGUAUUUUACUGUUACAAGGUUUUAACUUGCUAAACUACUGAAUUUUUUUAAAGCAGUAUAAAAACAGGCCUCUUAAUUCUGUCCUUACUGAUCUAUUUGUGUCUUGCAUAGGAAACCAAAGGGGGUGAGUGCUGAACCCCAGCCUGACAGCUAUAUUGGUGCUGUGGGAGUUAGGACCUGUCAGACUUUGGCAGCUCUUGUAUGUGUGUGUCUUUCUCCCACCCCAGCACUUUUCACCGAUGGGGGAGGGAAACUUCUGCAUUCCUACAGUCUGAACCUGUGCCAGGGUAAUCCUGUGCCCAGUUCUGUAAGAAAGUGGCAGCAGCCUCUAGAGAAAGGGAAGGGCUGGCGGAGGAGUAAGCAAGGCAGCUAGAGCGGAAACUCCACUCUGCAAUGCUGAACCAAAGCACAAAGCUGGUUCCAGAGGCGUAAGUGUUUUUCCCUUAGCAAAGCGCCAUCACCUGAUGUAGGCAGCUUUUACCAAACUGGGGGGGGGUAGCUGUGGCAGGGACUCUGAUGACUCUCUUUUCUUGCUGGUAGUGGAGACACA